AUGGAUAUCCAAAAAGCAUUAUAUAGAACAAUUUUAGAUAAUUAUAUGAAUAUCAUGAACACAGAUCUGGAGCUUUAUACAUCAAAGGCAAAAAUACUUAAGCUACCAAUGAUUCCUCCCAACGUUUUGAUCCAAUUAACCCGCAAUGUCACAGAUUUAUUCAAAAAAGAACCAAACAUUGUUACUGCACCACCAAAUACUGUUGUUGUGGGCGACAUUCAUGGGCAUAUUAUGGAUCUUUUUCGAAUUUUGAAAAAGUUUCAUCUUCCUUCGCCACACAGUUACGUUUUUCUUGGAGAUUAUGUUGACCGUGGUGAAUUUUCAACUGAAACGAUUACUCUGAUUUAUAUUCUCAAAGUACUAUAUCCAACGCGUGUUUUUUUAAUUCGUGGAAAUCACGAAUUUCCAGAAAUGUGUGAUUACGGAGGGUUUGCAUAUGAAGCCCAUUGCACAUAUGGAACAGAUGAUAUUUCAAGUGCCUUUAACGAAUCUUUCUUUUACAUGCCAUUAGCCGCUAUCAUAGAUAAUUAUGCUUUUUGUAUACAUGGUGGGCUAGGUGCAGAUUUUAAAAUGAUCAGUCAGCUUGAACAAUUAAGACGUCCUAUUUUUGAGACCGGCAAUCCUAUUAUUAACGAUGCUUUAUGGAGUGACCCUACAGAUGAAACUGAUACCCUUGAAACAUCACCGCGAGGCUUAGGAUACCUUUUUGGUCAAGUUAUUACAUACGAUUUUAUACGACAUAAUAAGAUAGAUAUUAUUAUUCGCGGCCAUCAGUGUGUUGACGGAGGUAUUGAGAAAUUACACGAAAAUAAAAUUUUUACAGUUUUUAGCGCUUCCAAAUAUUGCGGUGAAAACAAUAAUAAAGCAGGGGCGCUUCUUGUUAAGAUGCGCGCCGUUGAAGAAUUCACAUUUCCACCUUUCCCAUAUCUUCGACGUGUUGAAGCUUCAUUUGUGCCGAUUUCCCAAAAGAAAGCUGUAGAAGCCCCCGUCUGUUCCAAGAAAACCAUGAAAGGAAUAUCACCUAUGAUGUCAACUCCAAAUUUACCUUCAAUGAUGUCUACACCAACAUUACCGACAAUAAAGCAACAGCCUUCAAGAUAUAUGGCUCUUUUUGAACAAUCAAUUAAAUGCAGUUCUAAAGAUAAAGAUACUCCUCGAAGGCCGAAUGCAGUUCAUGAACCAGAAAACUGCCCUCCAAAAAGCAAAAGCAGGAGGAGGUAUUCGUAUAAUUUAUGA